AUGAGCUCUCGAAUUUCGGUCUCCCUAUUGCUGCUUGCUGUAGUGGCAACCAUGUUCUUCACAGCCAAUGUUGUUGAUGCGACCCCAAGAUCACAAGGAAACAUGAUGCGUUACGGCAACUCUCUUCCAGCGUACGCCCCACAUGUCUUAUACCGUUUUUACAACUCAAGACAGUUUGCUCCAAUAAACAAGAGAAACAACGCCGAAGUAGUGAACCAUAUUCUCAAAAAUUUUGGAGCUCUGGAUCGACUUGGAGACGUUGGCAAGUAAAAGUGCACACGGAUCUGAUAAUUUCUAAAAGCACUUGUAGUUGAACACUUAUUCACUUUUGAAAGUUGGCAUAGUUUUUGAGACCUGAACAAUUGCCAAUUCUAUGUUUACUUUUGCAUUCCAUAAUAUAUUUUUCACCAUUCUCUCAAAUUCUCUGAUUCUGACUGAGGCUACCACAAAACCGAUUUAUUCUUUGCUUUAAUCGAUAUUUUCGUACAACUGUGCUGAUUCUUUAUGUCACCUGUGACACCGAAACCUGUUGAAAAUAAAAUGCUACUUGUUCAAUAAACGCUUAUUCAGUU